GCCCUCCCCUCUCAGCGAUUCCCUCUGUUGUGUCUCCAGGUCUACAGCAAAAUCCCUGUGACAAGGACAGGCCCCGGUGCAUCGUGGACUGGCGGUACCUUUGUGCUGGAAGGAUGACCGGAAAGCUGGGUGGACACUCAGUCCCCAGCACCCUGCCCGCCCUGCGCUGUGUGUGGCUGUUCCCAGGCCUGGGGCCCGGUGCAGGAGCUUGCCUGCAGGGCUGUUGGCAGCACCUGCCUUUGCAGCUGCUCCUUGGUACCUGAGCGCCAGGCUGGCCCAGUCCAAGACAGACAGCUGGGACUACGGGUGUGUUCUGGGCCGGCAUCCCUGGCCUUCCCUUUCGGAAAGGAAGGUGGGGAGGGGGAGGGGAGCGGGGUCCCAGAGCAGGACUUCAGAAGGCCCCCUGCCUUUCCUAUCAGGAAACACAUCCUGUUAGUGUCUGGCUGCUGUGGCCAGGCUGCUAUUUGUUGCAGUUGGCUACGCCCUCCAGCUCACCAAAAACAGCCUCAAAAACAACCAUUUCCUCUCUGCUGAGAGACAGGGAGAAAACGCACGCGCACGCACACGCACUCUCUCUCUCUCUCUCUCUCACACACACACACACACACACACACACACUUCCCUGCAGCAGGCUCUCUGCUUUCCAGGACCGGCUGUUUCGUGGCGGAGGCACCGGGUAGGGGCUCAGGCAGCUGAGAGGCCGCUGCACGCGCACUGCUCCCGCAGCCCUGCCCAGAGCCAGGCUCCCGUGCUGGUUCCGCUCUGAGCCAGCUGGACCUCAGGAGCGAGGCCCAGGCCGACUCCCACGUGGCCACCUGCCUCUUGAGUUGCUUUCUGUUUUCCCCGCAAAGGGGAGAAGAGGCUUCGAAGCCUCCCUUGGCCUCCGAGUCCGAGGAAGACGGCGCACCCACGACUCUGGACUCCCGGUGGUGCCCCCGCUUCCUCCCUGGGAUGGGCCGAGCAGCCGGCUGCAGCUCAGGCCGGGCCCUGCUCCAGGUGCAGGAAGGAGGGUAAAGAGGGCCGUGAGGAGGGCUCACCUGCACCUGCCGCAUGGGCCUUCCCGACGCCUCCAAGAAUGAGCGGUGAUGUCCUCUAGCCACCCCUAGCAGCGUCUCGGUUCUCCCCCGCGCAGCAGCUGACCAGGACUGGGACUUUCUCCACAACAAGCGGACGGCACCCGCAGUCCGGGAUGACUGUCCAGAAACUGGUGGCCACGGCCGUGCUGGUGGCCCUCGUCUCUCUCGUCCUCAACAACGCAGCGGCCUUCACCCCCAACUGGGUGUACCAGACACUGGAGGAUGGGCGCAAGCGGAGCGUGGGGCUGUGGAAGUCCUGCUGGCUGGUGGACAGGGCCCGGGGCGCGCCGAGCCCUGGGGCCAGGCCGGGGCAGGCAGAGGCGCGGGAGUGCGAGGCCCUGGGCUGGGGCUCCGAGGCAGCAGGCUUCCAGGAGUCCCGAGGCACCGUCAAACUGCAGUUUGACAUGAUGCGCGCCUGCAACCUGGUCGCCACAGCGGCGCUUGCUGCGGGCCAGCUCACCUUCGUCCUGGGGCUGACGGGCCUGCCCCUGAUGUCGCCCGAUUCCCAGUGCUGGGAGGAAGCCAUGGCCGCUGCCUUCCAGCUGGCGAGUUUUGUCCUGGUCAUCGGGCUGGUGACGUUCUACAGAAUCGGCCCAUAUACCAACCUGUCCUGGUCUUGCUACCUGAACAUUGGUGCCUGCCUUCUGGCCACUCUGGCAGCUGCCAUGCUCAUCUGGAACAUUCUUCACAGGAGAGAGGACUGCAUGGGGCCCCGGGUGAUUGUCAUCAGCCGCUCACUGACUGCGCGGUUUCGCCGUGGGCUGGACAAUGACUAUGUGGAGUCACCGUGCUGAGCGUCCCUGGGGAGAGGCCUGCUCAGGACUUUAUCCAUAUAAGGGAACAGUCUAGAAACUGAGGGACUGCGGUGAUCUGUUUGGUUUCCUAUAUAUAAAUAUGUACAAUACACAGGUAUGUUUAUUGUGUUAUAUAUAAAUAUAUUAUAUGAUCAUAUAUCGUCUGUGCCACCCUCCUUCUGACACACCCACAACUCGGCUUCACACUCUCGCCCAUCCCGAGGAUGAGACGAGCACCGGAGACGCACGCAGGAGGCGGGGCCGCCUUGCUCUGCACCUUGGUCUGGGAUUAAUUUAUUCUGCAUCUGCUGAGAGGGGUGUCCCUGGUCACAUUUACUUUGGUAAAGUGGAGGACCUGAGAAGAUUUCUUGAACUGUCCAUGUUCUUGCUCGAGAGACUCAGAGUUAUAACCAGAUGGUUACAGCUUUGUGACAGGGUCGUGUUAGCAACGUCCGUUUGCUCCCCAUUAUUUUCUAAGUUAAAAUAAAAUGCAAACCUCUUA